AUGGAAGACAGCGUUAUCGUUGGAAUCAUUCUGUUAUACGUCUCGAUGUUCGGGGUUCUCACCAACUGGACCGUUCUUUUGUGUCUCCCAAGAAUCGCAUCUUUCAACAAGUCUUUUGGAUAUAUCACUUGGAAUCAAGCAUUCGGAGAUGCACUCCAAUCUACCACCGUUUUCAUAUUGGUAGUUCCAAUGGUCUUUUUUGACCUUGAAUUCAUGAAGACCAACUCCAACUACAUCUCUCUUUCGAUGCUGUUGGGAUACGAUAUUUCCGUGCUCUCUCAUCUUUUGCUUGCUCUGAACCGUUUGUGUGUUGUGGCCAGUCCAACGAAAUUUCAGUUGUACAACGAGAAACUGACGUUCAGCAUGAUUAUUGCUGUCAAUAUCUACGCUUCCGCCUCCAUUGUUAUCUUUUUCUUAAGUGGAUGCAAAUACAGUUGGAGCAGUGAAAUGUGGAUGUUCCUCUAUCAUGUCUCCAAUCAAUGCGUCACCUUCUCCUUCUACGCAAUCUUUUGUAAAUAUAUCUGCAUAAUUUUCAUAAUUGUGUUGAUUGACGUAUUCGUCAUCUGUAAGGCUAGACUCAUGUAUAAGAAAUCAAGAACCGAUGCAUCGAGCAGACCGAUGAAUUCUAAAGAGAUCUGUUUUCUCGUUCAGACAUGUCUUCAAGGCGUUCUUUUCAGUAUUGAGCUGAUUUGUUACUUCAUUAUCUCUCCGACAGUUGAAGACACUUGGGUUCGAUUCUUCAUGACAACUUUCGCUUUUUCCACUAUUCAUGCAUGCGAUGGGGCUAUAAGCAUCGCAUGCAACUCCGACUUCCGCUCAUACCUCUAUAAAAAAUCGAUUCGUAAAAUCCGCGCUGGAGCCGAAGCAUCAACGAUUUAUGGAUCUCGUGUCGAGACAACAACUAUGGGAUUCCGAUCGAGAUCCACAUCAAGAUACAGCGCAAAUUUUCAACAUUGA